AUGAAACCAAUACCAACUGCACAGCAAAUGAUGAUAUGGCUUUGUCAAUUGCCUCCGGAAAAUUCCACAAGUGUUUGGAAGAAAUUGGCAUAUAUUGGCUUUACCAUAGUUAUGACUUUGGCACAGUUUACUCUGUCGCUUGCAUCGGUUGCAUUCAUUUUAAAGAAUGGAACAAAUAAUUUCGAACAAACCUUAUUUGCUGCUUGUGUAUUUAUUUCCGCGUUGGGGGCGGUCUAUAUUGAGUUGGAAAUAGUUUUUAUGCAGCAUAGAUUUUCCAAUAUUUUGAAGAAUUUGGCAACAAUUUAUGGCGCAAAUAAGCACGAAGAUUCAUUUCAAUUUUUGGAACAAGUGAACAACAAAUGUGAAUGGAUAUGGAAGUUUUAUUUGAAAUGGGUGGUCACCUCAGCCACGGUUUCAUUUCCUAUUAAUGGUAUUGCCUCAAUAAUAUUUUGUUACUACUUGCAUGGAGAGCUAAAUAGAGAUCAUUUAUAUAUACCAUUUUAUUUUGUUUUACCGUGGGAUCAAGCAACACUACUUGGAUACGGUGGAGAGAUAUGUACCUACAUGUCCUUUGCUGUGUCUUAUUAUCUUAUAUGUGGGGUCGUUAUGCUGACGUUUAUUUCAAUGUGCUUUCAUCAUCAAGCAUUUUAUGAAAUGUUUCGACAUGAGCUGCGCAAAUUAAAUGAUCCCGAUGAAAAUAUCAACCAGAAGAAGCUACUCUGCAAAAUUAUCGAAUUCCACAGUUCCGUUAGAGAAUGGUUUUUAUAUUCGUCUGACGUUUAUACAUUUAUUAUCAUGAUCAAACUACUUUACAGCAUGCUAUGCUUGGCGAUUUGCAUUUUCGAUUUAAUGAUUGUAACUAACUUCCGCUUUUUAGAAGUAAUUCAUCAAAUACAUUUGAUUCUUUUCUGUAAUAUUUUAGCAACUUGA